UAUGUUAUUGGUUCUGGUUGUCGAAAAAAGGAUCGGUCGUGUCAGUGCGUGAUAAUUUUAAUUUAUCAAUUAGUUGUGAUUUGUGUUGUAUACGUCAUUGGCUAAUCACAUCUAAUUAAAUCAGUAAGAUGGAUGCUUCAUAUCAAGGCGGCGUGACCUACGAAGACAGGGGCGAGAGUUUCCAGCAGUUGUCGUCUACGAUAGCCAGUAAUAUAAAGAAAAUAUCACAAAAUGUAUCCUCAAUGUCAAAGAUGGUCAACCAGCUGCAAACUCCACAAGACUCGCAGGAGCUGCGCAAUCAAUUGCGUCAGAUCCAGAAUUACACCCAAAAGAUGGCCAAAGACACAUCCUCCAUGAUCAUGGACUUGAUGAAGAUGCCGGUGGAGCAGCCCGCGGGCAAGCUGACCAGGGAGCGGCUCAGCGACGAGUAUAUGGCCACACUCAACGCCUUCCAGGCGACACAAAAAUCAGCUGCUGCAAAGACGAAAGAGGAUGUGCGAAAAGUGAAGGCCCAGAGCGCCACCAUCAACAUUGGGGAUCCGUUUGGCAUGUCCGGGCGCAGCAACGACCUGGUGGAGAUGGACGACAAGAACACGCGCCGGCAGGAGCAGAUGACGAUGCAGACCGAGCAGGACCUGCAGCAGCUGGAGGAGCGCGAGAGAGACAUCAGGCAGCUUGAGGGUGACAUUCUAGACGUGAACCAAAUAUUCAAGGAACUGGGCACCAUGAUCCACGACCAAGGUCAAGUUGUGGACUCCAUCGAGUCGAGCGUCGAAUAUACCGCCCACAACGUCGAGGCCGCCACGGCGGAGCUCCGACAGGCCUCCAACUACAAGAAUAAGCUGCGAAAGAAGAAAGUAUAUAUCGCGAUUAUCCUCAUAGUGAUCGUCUCAAUUAUUCUUAUAAUUAUAUUUAACCGUUAAUGUCCUUUUAAAAACCCAACAUUGUUAAUGAUUUAAAUAGGAACAUUGUAAUAUUAUUGUGGUAAAUUUCUUUAAAAACGCCUUUUCUAUUUCAAAAUAGCACUGGCUACUGGCUUUUAGUUAAGGUGCGUUGGGAUAAGUUGAAAACGGGUCAGACAAAAAGUUGUCCAUAAUUCCGAAUCAAGUGUACCUAAUAUUUUUAGUCCUGGCAACAUUGUUCCAACUGCCAUUUAGUUGUGCCCCGUCGCACAUUGGUCAAUCACCACUUGAAAUGCAAAGUAGUGUGUUACGGACUUUGUCGGUGGUAUUAUCGUCAUCUAUUCGACGACGAUUUUAAAGCUUACCCCAACGUACCUUACUUCGAUUGUAAAAGUAAACAAAUUUGACAACAUUAUAUCUAUAAAAAGCGUUAAAUAGUGCACUGUGCAGUACAUAUAUUGUAUCGCAUUUAUGCGCUAACGAACGGGUUAGCGCUAACGUUCGACAAAACUGGUAACCACAAAAUGUAUGACGCCACACGUGCCAUCUAGUCAAAGUGAAUUUGUCUAUGAUCUAGUUCAACUCUCUGCGGCUACAAUAUUGCACAUCAUUACGCGUCUUAAUAUUCUUGUGGAAUAAUUUCUAUGGCGGUCGUUGUUAGAUUUAUCGACACUAUGUUCAUACUAGUUUUAUUUAUUUCACUGUAAUGUGGUGUGGUAGAAGUUUGGCUCCCUGCGGAGACAUCCUUUUAUUUAUACCACGUCAGUGAGUCACAAGCGAACGCGCCGCCUGAUUGCUUCCGCCUUUGCGCCUGACUGAAGCGUUUCCUCAAUAAAGUGCUGGUGCCAGACUUUGACCAUCAUUUGUGUCUUUUGUAUUGUUUAAGACAAUGUGUCCCAUACAGACAUUUGAUGCUCAAAACAAACCUGAUCGACUGAUACCAUUCAUAAAAAAUUGUCAAAUACCCUAUGCACAGAAGUUGAUAUUGGGGUGCAGCUGCACGUGUCGUUUCACGUCUUUGACGGUCAAAGUGUUAAAAUGUUAUUAUUUUUACAGCUAUAUCGUUGAUCUCCUUGAGUAUUUUAUUAUUAAGAUGGCUGAGAUAGAAUCGAAAUCGAAUCUAUUAGCAUUCCCGAUUAACAUAAGUGUUUUGUGUUUUAUAAAAAGGGCCCUUUUUGAGCUUAUAAUAAGCUCCCUUUAUCUACACGAUAUACAAUAUUAUAACAUUUCGGUUUAAUGAGAGCUCGUAAGAGUUGUAAAAUAAUAUUAUAUUAUUGAGUUUAAAUCAUUAACAAUACAAAAAAAGAAACAUAUUUAUGUUCUUUGUAUAACGUAGUAAUACCUACAUGUAAAAAAACUUACGAUGAUUUUAGUUGCGAGCCUUUUAUUUUUACGCAUAAAUGAAUAAAGGACUGGAGUUUUAAGUUAAUAAGCACUUAUCGUGUUAUUUGACAUUAAAAAUAGAAAAGACGCGAUAAUCAGAUAUACUUCAUAUUAAAUAAUAGCAUACGAUCAUAUAAAUCAGCCCGAUGUCCUUUAGAAAGGACAAAUUCAUCAGAUCGACUAGGAGCAGGCUUCAACCAGUCUUGGAUUCAUUCUGAACUCGCAUAUCGUAACGCAACAUGAAACAAGCAAAAACUAUAAGAUUAUAGAGCUUAAAAUAUACGAAAUAAUACUUAAUACAUACAACAAGUGCGAUUAAACGUGUGUGCAUCAAAUAUAUUAAUUAUUAUCAUAUUUAUAUUGUUAAAUAUCUUUUACGUUUUGAAUAAUCAGGAAAAAUUAUGUAACUUAACAAAUAUAUUUUUACAAUUUGUUUUUACAAGUGAAUAACAUUUGUUACUUAAUAAGAACAUGUUAAGUACUGCUGUUAUUUCGAAUUGGUAUUAUGCUUACGUGUCAUACGUAUAUUUCAUAUUACUUUUAAGGAAUAUAAUCACAAAUCAUGAUUUGUGAUUUAUGUACCAAAAAAAAAAUUACGUUCAAAUAUUGAUCACAGUUAACACGCAAGCAAUAAAAUACAAAUAGUAGUUAUGUUCGCCUUUUCGACGACUGCUCCGUUUAUCUCCUUUCAUCUUACAUGGACAAUAGUAUGGUAUAGCAUAAUUAGCUCCAUGCAUGAAUUUAUUUUUAUUUUUGGAUUCAUAAUUUAUAUCGUUGGAACACCGGAAAUGAUAAAAAUACUUUAGUAAACCUUAACAUUAUUUUAUUAAAAAAUAUUUAAAAUGUUGAAAAUUUUUGAGCGGUUGAAACGCUCAUAAUUUUUGGCGCGAAUUCGACAGAGCGUGAUGACGUCACACGUUGGGCGGCCCAACUGACGUUUGCUACUAAUGACACUAAUCUGUCGAACGCGUGACGUCACGUGGCGUUUCGAGCGUUUCGCUCACUAGCUUUUCGCGGGCAAAUUUUUGUACUUUUUAUUUAUAAUUUUAAGUAAUUAAAUGGUAAUUUAAAAACGGAAAUGCAUUUGUAACAUGAUAUAACGGUAACAAACAUCCUAAUAAAACAUAUUUCGUUCAAAUAUAAACUUCAUGCAUGAGGCUAAUUAUAACAUAGGACCAUAUAAUUAAAAAAUAGUCUCAGAAGCUUGCUAAGUAGCUUGCGAAAAAAUUUGUCUGUUCCACAAUUAAUAGACAACAUUGAAACCUUGACAAGUGGGACUUAGAUACUGAUUAUUUUGUUGAGAACAGGCAAGGCUAGACUAGCCAUACUUCUACAACUUUGCGAUUUCUAAAUCCUGUAAUUACGUGACUAAUUCAAAUCUAAGUAUAACCUCGUGUGUGGAGGAAUUAACAGUUUUUUGCCAUCUCACUUGUCUAGGUUUACAAAAACUUUACACGGGAAAUCAGCUAGGAAAGAACGAACUAAUUUAUUGUAACACUAUAUUCGUAAUAAUCGUAAUAUUUUAGAUCAACACUAUUUUCGUCCAUAUUUUUUACUGCACAUUAGGUACCAUUUCAUAUAAUUUUUAUGUAUGCAAGCUUAGAGAAAAACUAAAAUCUGUAACCUCAUAAGGCCCACAGACCCAUAUGGCUUAUUACUUUAAUAAUGCAGGUAAUUGAAACCAUUUCAGCUGAGUUGCAUUUCUUUUAUUUCGUUGGACUUCAAAACAAAAGAAAUUAUAAAUCAUAUUUCCUACACUAUUGAUUUCAAUACCUGUGACACAACAAGUUAAUCUUGACGCGACUUUAUUUUAAGAGAAUAAGAGCGUGUCAAGGUAAUUUUGAACACCUCGCCCGCUUAGCAACUUCUGCUGCUGACUGUACCUGCAUUAAUAUUUUUGUCAAAUGUAUAUUGAACCUGGAGUCUCGAUAAAUUUCCCGUGAGACUCAACUUUAAAACAUUAAAAACUGGCCAAUUACAGAAUUGGCCAAUCAUCAAUUCAUCACCAUUCAUCAACCCGAACUCUGCCGGCUGUAUAUUACGUUGAGUGACCCGUUUUUAGAUAUUUUAAUAUAUUAAUGUAUUGAGACUGUAUUUAAUAAUGAAAAGCAAGCAUAGCUCGGUUUAAAUUAAGCUUUGAUAUGUUAUAAAAUGAUGUAAAAAUAGCUUAGUUUGUAUUUGCGUCAUUGUAUUAUAGUUUGAGUUGAUAUUUUAUUUUAAUUUGGUCUUAAAUUACAUUUACAGUA